GUGUAGGGUUCCGUAGUUACUAUUCCGUCACAAUAAGCUAAACUGGAGCUUAAAGUAUAGUAAAUUGUUAACCAAGGGAUGAAACGGUACCUUUCACGCGAGUUGAACAAAUAGGCAAAUUUGCAUAAUCAGUACCUAAUUAAAGUCUUUUUACUAUGAAGGGGAAACUUUUGCGAUAACUCAAAAACAGCUAAACUGAUCAUGUCCGCUAUAGUUUUCAUUUAAAGUCUUUCUUAAGCUCUACUUCCACGAUUUUUUUCAUAUUUUUUGGACCUAUGGUUCAAAAGUUAGAGGAGGUGACCACACAUUUUUUUUCUUUCGGAGCGAUUAUCUCCGAAUAUAUUCACUUUAUCAAAAAAUAUUUGUUGAAGACCCCUUUUAGUUUUGAAAGCCCUUUCCAACGAUAUCCCACACUGUAGGGUUGAAGCAGAAAAAAAAAAUCAUCCCCACUUUACGUGUAGGGGAGGUACCCUCAAAAAAAAAAUAUUUAGAUUUUAUUGUACGACUUUGUUGGCUUUAUUGAUUUAUAUAUCCAUGCCGAAUUUCAGCUUUCUAGCACUAACGACCACGGAGCAAAACCUCGGACAGACAGACAGACAGACAGACGGACAUGGCGAAACUAUAAGGGUUCCUAGUUGACUACGGAACCCUAAAAAUGAAUAUCACCAAAUCAAAAAUAGAUAUUCAGACUUCAAUAUAUACUUAGACGCACAUCGUCGAAUCGAAUAUGGACAUAUUUAUUCGACUCGGCGGAAAGCGCAGCAACGUGAUUCAUUCAUAUUCGUUCGAGCGUUGUGUUCAGGCUCACGUCACGCAUACGCAUGAGUGGCACAUAUAAAUAAGUGAAAAAAAUAAUAACAACAUUAUAACAGCUUUAUUGAAAUAAUGUUUGCUUUAUUGUGUCUUAUUUCAAUAGUGGGGCCGUACUGCGCGGCUAGUGCGCGCAACUCUGACUACGUGUACAGGGCGGAGGUGGACGCUUGGCUGCGCCUGCACAUGGUGCCUGCCAUCUGGUCUGACGCGGGCAUGCGCUGCUACCUCGAAGGCGGGACCCUGGCUUCUCCGACGACUAAAGCCAUGGCCCGGGCGAUGUCGGCCAUGAUGGCCGAGCACAAGCUGACUCGCAGCGUCUUCACCGGGAUAAACUCCAUCCUAUCCAGAGAAAAUUUCAAGUCUCUUGAAGGAGUGCCGCUCUUGUCUAUCCCGCCGCGCUGGGCCGCAGGCCAGCCAGACAACGAGAAUUCCGACGAGGACUGCGUGGCGCUGACGGGCGCGGGCGAGCUUGCUGACAUGAGCUGCGAGAGCGUGCUGCCAUACUUCUGCCGCAAGGAGAACGACCACAAAUGCGGCGCCAAGAAUAACGGUUACAAGUGGGAGCCGCGUACCGGCAGCUGCUACAAGUUCCACCGGGGUUCAAAGACCUGGCGCCGCGCGCUGGUCGCGUGUCACGCCGAGGGCGGACAUCUAGCCGUCAUCAACAAUCAGAUCGAGUCCGCUGUGCUCAAGGACAUUAUGAAUGAUGUAGAUGAAAACAGACAUGCUUUUAUUGGAUUCAUGCAGUAUUAUGAUAAAGAGUGGGCAACAAUAAACGGUGAUACGCUCUCCGAGGCCGGUUUUAAGGAGUGGAACAGAGGUGAGCCCAGCAGCCCUGGACAAGAGAAUUGUGGCUCCAUCAAUCGGAACGGACUGCUCAACGAUGCCCCUUGCGACUACCAAUUACCUUUUUUGUGCGAGUUUACCCCUUAAGAGGAAACAUUUGUCUAUUUUAAUCUUAUGUUAAUAUAAUUUGUAUUAAAUUAUUUUAUUGACAAUAACAAUAUACAUAAUGGAUAUAUACAGAUGAUUACUAUAACUAGCUUAUAUCUAAAAUAGGCCCUUGAGGCAUUGUACCAAGGAUGCUGGCGGCAUUUCCUCGUUGUAUCGCAAUACUGAUACGUUGUGCGAGGAAGCCGCCAGCUCUUCGGUCACCAGUUACGUCAACCAGACGUUUCGCGAUUUCUCCAAAAAACUUGUGCGCGCUGGGACCCCAUGGACCUAGGGUUUCAACGCCAAAAGGUACAAAAUGGUACUCUCUACCGAGGCUCUUAUAUUUAUUACGUUUCAAAAUUUCGGCGCUUUCCGCCGCUGCGCCCGCUUUUACAUUAGUUCGUUGGAGGUGGGACGGUGCCAGUGUGUCUACGCAGGUAGCAUCCCACACUAACAUCCGUCCCAAGCUCCAAGGAACCAAGGACACCCCAUCAGGCCUCUUGCCAUCAUCCCUGAUAAUGCCAGUUGGCUCAAGAAGAGCAGGCACAUUGAUGGUGGCAAGAGAUCGACGAAUUAUGUCAUUAAGCGACGCAUGUCUUGAAAAACGACCUGCACUUUUUUGACAAGAUAAUCCGUGGUGUCCCAGUCGGUCCACGUCCGUGCCACAAGAGCAUAUAUGUGGCAUACAUACCGAAACCCCGAGUCGCAAACCAGUCGCCAGUCUUAGGGAGGUCGGAUCCAAGAAAGUACCAGUAUUAGGUGAAGGAUGGGCAUGUAGCCAGUAGCCGGCUUCCCGGGCUCCGACCGCCAAAAUUUUCGCGUGAUCUGGACCUGUACAGUUGUUUAGAAGAGUAUUGUAAGUUAAAUCACAGUAAAUAUUAUCCCAGCUCCUUUGUGAUUUUGGGUUGUCUGGAAAUUGUUUGCCCGGGCAAGCAAUUUUAAAAGCAUUUUUAGCAUCCUCAAAGCCCGUAAUCUCAUAGUUUGUGGGCAAAGCCCUUAAGAUAUUUCCUAUGAGACCAGACGUGCUAUUAAUGGAUGCCAAAAAGGCUGGGGAAGCCACACUGGAAAUUUUGCGAAUUCCUAAACCUCCGAACCGAAUAGGGAGGGACGCUUGAGACCAGGAAGGCUCACUCAGCUGAAUGUUUAGAAUCGUCUCUAAACUAAUUUUGAUCAAAUCGUCUAUAGGCGACAAUAAAUUUUGAUGUUUCCAAAAAGGACAGCAGCGGAGCACAUAUGUAAAUUUAGGGACAAAAAGACAGAAUUUCAGAAUCACAAGAGCAUAAUGAGGGCUAAUUUCGAGUAAACUAUUCGUGUGACUUUUGAAUUUAGAUAUAGAGUCAGAAACAUAAUCAGGAAAAGAUUCUUCAAAUAUAGGAGAACCCAAUUUUAUAUUAGGAGCCAGAUCGUCAAAUUUGGGUUUUAAGUCGGUCAAAGUACAAGAAGAUUUGUAUUGUGUGUACCUAAUAUAAUGUGUAUUGUGUGGACUAUUGUUGUCUGUAAAUAAAUAAAUGAUUGAAUAUGA